AUGCUUCGUUGCGCUCCGUGUAGUUCGCCUAAGAACACCACUCGCAAUCAGUCUUUGAUCGGCCGUGCGAUGAGUAGUUUGGUUGAGUUCCAGAAGUUGCCGUACAAUCCGGCCCUGCCGCUGCCACAGCGAACACCGCUGAUGACCGUGGUCCGCGUGCUAAAGAUCGUUACCAAAUUGCUGAUUUAUGUAACGAAAUUGAUUCCACACACGUUGUACCUGUUGGCGCGAAAGUUCUUGCGUUGGAAGAAUCCCAAAGACAUUCGCGGCUGGACGGCGUUGGUCACUGGUGGCGCAAACGGACUGGGCCGCGCCAUCGCCAUCGAGUUGGCCAAACAUGGCUGCCACGUGGUCGUAGCCGACUUGGAUGAGUACGCAGCGACGAGAACCGUGCUGGAGCUGAGAUAUUACGGCGUGAAAGCCGUUGCGUACAAAAUUGACGUAGCCUGCUGCGAUCAAGUUAACGAUCUUCGCCAGCGCAUAGAAGCCGACCUGGGAUCGCCGGUGGAUCUGCUCGUGAACAACGCCGGCCUCGUCCCGUUUCUCGUGUCGGAUGAGUACGUGCCGGAAAAUCUGCAACGUCUGGUGAACGUCAACAUUCUAGCCAGCUUUUAUACGGUCAACGCGUUCCUGCCGGGGAUGUACGCCCGCAAGCGAGGUCACAUUGUGACGAUUGCGUCGGCGUCGGCCCUGCUGCCGGUGGGGUUGACGCGGCACUACACCACGACCAAGUACGCGGUGCGCGGCUUCAUGGAGGAGCUGCGGGACGAGAUACGGCUGGCGGGGCAGGCCCGCACCGUCAAGACGACGGCCAUCUUUCCGUUUCAGCUGAACACGCGCAGGGAGCUGGUGGAGGCGGUGCUGAAGAUGCCGUGAGUAGCUUAAAAGAAAUCAGUUUAGGUAAUCUUGUUUUAGUUUGAUAUGAUUUUUUUAAACUUUAUAUUUUUAUGAAAUUUCUAUUUUUUUUGGUUUUAUUUGUCACACCUUGAUUUUUGAAU